CAGGGCUUGAGAUGGCGCGGGGACCCCGAAGUUCCGGAGUCGGGGUCGGGGAGGGGACAGUGCGAGGGGUUCCCGAAGUUCCGGACCUGUCGUUGGAGGAGGCUGUGAAGGUGUCUCCGAAGUUCCGGACCUAGGCUGGAGGGGCGACGCGAGGGGACCCCGAAAUUGCGGACCUGGGGAUGGAAGGGUGGCGGAAGGGGUCCCCGAAGUUCAGGAGUCAGGGACAGCGAGGAGGAUCCCCUAAAUCCUGGACCUGCGGUUGCAGGAGAUAGAUAACGUGUCCCCGAAGUUCUGGACCCGGAGAGGCGGCGGCUCUCAGGGAGCUUGGAAGCUCCAGGGUCGGGGGCGGCACUUCCCGAAGGUGGGGUGCUCAUAGGGCACCCUGGUCCUGACGCGGGUGGGGAUCUGAGUGAAUAUCCGAUCCCUGGACUGGGGCUCUUGGGGUGGGGUUUCGCCCCCGCACUCGAUUGUGGAUCCCGGACGCCGGGCGGGGUUGGGCUCCCGGUUGGGAGCCCCGCGGCCGGCAGCGUCCGAGGCACAUGACUAGUUGAGGCCAAACCAGCAGUUCCUACCAACCCACUGGCUGUCCCUUGGAGCCCACCCAGACCAACUUGACCAAUGUCCACAGCCAGGGAGCAGCCCAUCUUCAGCACACGGGCGCAUGUGUUCCAGAUCGACCCAGCCACCAAGCGGAACUGGAUCCCCGCGGGCAAACACGCACUCACUGUCUCCUACUUUUACGAUGCCACCCGCAAUGUCUACCGAAUCAUCAGCCUUGGGGGUGCCAAGGCCAUCAUCAACAGCACUGUCACCCCCAACAUGACCUUUACCAAAACCUCCCAGAAGUUCGGGCAGUGGGCAGACAGUCGCGCCAACACUGUCUAUGGCCUUGGCUUUGCUUCUGAACAGCAUCUGACUCAGUUUGCCGAGAAGUUCCAGGAAGUGAAGGAAGCAGCGAGGCUGGCACGGGAGAAGUCUCAGGAUGGGGGAGAGCUCACCAGUCCAGCCCUGGGCCUCACUGCCCAUCAGGUGCCCCCGAGCCCCCUCGUCAGCGCCAACGGCCCCGGCGACGAGAAGCUGUUUCGCAGCCAAAGCGCAGACGCUCCCGGCCCCACUGAGCGCGAGCGGCUCAAAAAGAUGCUGUCCGAGGGCUCGGUGGGCGAGGUGCAGUGGGAGGCCGAGUUCUUCGCGCUACAGGACAGUAACAACAAGUUGGCGGGCGCCCUGCGGGAGGCCAACGCCGCCGCCGCCCAGUGGAGGCAGCAGCUGGAGGCCCAGCGCGCAGAGGCCGAGAGGCUGCGGCAGCGGGUGGCUGAACUGGAGGCCCAGGCUGCCACCGAGCCACCUGCAGUCAGCGAGAAGGAGGGACCCGGCCAGUCCCUGGAGCAGCUGGAGGCACUAGUGCAAACUAAAGACCAGGAGAUCCAGACACUGAAGAGCCAGACUGCUGGGCCCCGUGAGGCUCCAGACCCCGCCGAACGUGAGGAGAUGCAGCAGAAGGUGCAGGAACUGGAGACCCGAAACGCGGAGCUGGAGCACCAGUUGCGGGCAACGGAGCGCAGCCUGGAGGAGGCACGGGUAGAGCGGGAGCGGGCACGGGCCGAGGUGGGCCGGGCCGCGCAGCUGCUGGACGUCAGGCUGUUUGAGCUGAGCGAGCUGCGGGAGGGCCUGGCCCGCCUGGCCGAGGGCGCACCCUGAGUCCCACCUCCGGGUCUCCAUGGGAGCAGGGGCCUGCGGGAGCUAGUUUUACAUGAACGAUUCCCGCCUGGGGCACGGGCCGGGCCGCAGGCGGCACAGAGGGCCAUUCCCCCUGGCAGGGACUGGGGCCCGACUCAGCCCGGGGAGGGCCUGUUCACAAGUACUCCAUCUGGCCCUGGCUGUUCACAGCUCAGGGGCUGUUUUUGAGCUUUUCCUUGUGUAGAAUUUCUAGACUCCCCAGGGCACGUGCUGGUGCCCAAAUUACAUUUCUAAGCGUG